AUGGUAUAUGGUGGUAAGCCCUCACGAGGCUGCCAAAUUUGCAGAAUUCGAAGGAUUAAAUGUGACGAGACAAGACCUACUUGCAGGCAAUGUGCCAAGGCUAGACGAGACUGUCCUGGAUAUAGAGAUGCCAACGAAUCACCCCCUUCGUCUGAGGCGAGUAGUGCAAACUCGCAAGACCCAGUAAAGCGUCGCCAAAUAGUAUCCAAAAUCCUUGCGCCCAGGGCAGAAAGAAACGACGAAACAUCUUCAGAAAGUAGCGCCACGCCUCCUUCCAAAUCGUCCAGCGAAAAGUUCAUCAAGGCUCCUCCCCAGCUUCCUGUGGAUGAGCUUGCUUCUUGCCAUUUCAUCUCCAACUACGUCUUGAUUCCACGACAAGGCUUGGCAACAAAUCGCGGGUUCUUGGAGUUUGUUCUCCCUUUGUUAAGGGCCGAGAAGCCGUCAGAACACUUUCUAUACGCUUUCAAGGCUUGCUCAUUAGCUUCUCUCAACAAUCGCGUUGGAACUGGGAAUGAUUUCGACAAAGCGGCCCUAGGCUGCUACACAAAAGCCUUGGCCUCUACUUUCACAGCUCUAAAGGACCCAGCCUUGGUAAAUCGAGAUGACACCCUGGCUGCAAUCUUGCUAUUGGGCCUCUUCGAGAACAUUACAGCAAAGACACUGGGAAUGCUCGCAUGGAGCUCGCAUAUUGAAGGCGCCAUUCAGCUGGUUAAGUCUCGAGGUCGAGAGCAAUUAAGCAGUAAGAUUGGAUUGGAUCUAUUCAUUGCAGUGCGGACCCAAAUGAUUAUCCAUUCUUUGAGUACUGGGAAAGCUCCAGCGCUUGACGUCGACUGGUGGGUGGAUGAUCCGGUCAGCAAUGAAUACAACAUGGAGUUUCAGCAACUCAGCAGCCGUGUCGGAGAGCUCAAGAGCGAAGUCAAUGUCCUUCUCGCCACUGUCACCCGAUCACCUGAGAAUAUUAAGUUGAUGAAAGACACAAUCCAAAUCUGCAAGUCUCUAGACAAAGAAAUCGUUGUUUGGCUUCGAGAAUUACCAGAACAAUAUACAUGGAAGACGGUUGCUUGGGAGCCUUACAACCCAAAGUGUGACUAUUCCAAAGCAGACGUUUUUCCUGGACGUAUCGACACAUAUGGCGACUUAUGGGUGGUAAAUUUCUGGAAUGUCAUGCGCUGUAUGAGGAUCGUUUUGUCGUCUCUUACCAUACGCUGCACGGCCUGGGUCAACUUUCCAGCUGACUACCGGACGACUGCAGAGUACGCGACAACGGUAAGAAUUUGCGUUAGUGCCAUCACAGAUAUCAUCGCUUCGGUUCCUUACCAAAUGGGCCUUUUUUCAAAGCGCAGGGACUUACGGAAUAAUGCGACGCAUUCAGUAUUUGGCUGUGGAGAAGAUACUUCUGAGAAGGGUUUGGCUGGCUACUUCUUGCUCUGGCCAUUGGCCUGCAUUCAAGGGCAGGACUACCUCACAGAUUCUCAACGACUUUGGGUAAAGGGCCGUUUGAAGUCUAUUGGAAACACCCUUGGUGUAAGAUAUGGCAACUUGUUGUCGCAGCUCAACGUUCGCGUCCCGUCUAUGCUGAUUCUUCGGGACCGAUUGAAGAAUAAUCCACACAAUAUCCCAGUCGAUAUAGCAGCCAUCCUAGCUGGCAAAGCAUCGGGCAUGUCGCCUCCCAUUCCCGGAAUGCCAAUGGCAGGGGUCGCAAUGCCACCAGGUAUGUCUGUUCCGGGAGUUCCAACACCUGGGAUACCCGGGAUGUCGUCGAUUCCAGAUGUAUCGACCGAAGCUUUGGAGAAGCAAGAGGCUAUUCGGAAGAAAAUGCUCCAACGUCAAACAGAGGAGCUUGUCACAAAAGCUGUUGAUAAGUCUGGGAAGCUAGACGACUGGACAAUAAAGACAUGGCUGCAAUUAUAG